ACACACAGAGCAAGGUCCAGCGUGGACAGCAUCACUCUGUGAGGUUAGAGAAGCAUUCAGAGCACAGCACAGAAUUGCUGCUCUUCAAGCAAAGCCUGGAGUAGAAGUCCACCUUCUAUCCUGGCAGUACAGAACCCCACUUGGCAACUUCAGCCUUGAGAAAGUCAUCGCAGCAUCUGAGAGCCAAAAUGCCAGCGCGCUUGCUGCAAGAGAAACUCUCCAGCUCCUAUACCACCACCACCACCAUCACAGCACCUCCCAACGGGUGCCUGAAGGAUGGAGGAGAGAAUUUGGAGAAGGACCUUCUCUACUUGGCAGAAGACAUCCGCCCUGAAAUAAAAGAUGACAUAUACGACCCCAGCUAUCAGGAUGCAGAGGGCCCCAGGCCCCAAACUGAGUUUGUCUGGAGAAACAUCAUCCUCAUGGGUCUGCUGCACCUGGGAGCCCUGUAUGGGAUCAUACUUGUUCCCACCUGCAAGUUCUACACUUGGCUCUGGGCAUAUUUCUGCUAUUGGGCCAGUAUAGAGGGCAUCACUGCAGGAGCUCAUCGCCUGUGGAGCCACCGAAGUUACAAAGCGCGGCAGCCCCUGCGGCUCUUCCUGAUCAUUGCCAACACCACGGCGUUCCAGAACGAUGUUUAUGAAUGGGCCCGAGAUCACCGCGUCCACCACAAGUUCUCAGAAACACAUGCCGACCCUCACAACUCCCGCCGCGGCUUCUUCUUCUCUCACGUGGGUUGGCUGCUGGUGCGCAAACACCCAGCUGUCAAAGAGAAGGGGGCGACCCUGGACCUAUCUGACCUAAAAGCUGAGAAGCUGGUGAUGUUUCAGAGGAGGUACUACAAGAUUGCUGUCCUGGUGAUGUGCUUCAUCGUGCCUACUCUAGUACCCUGGUUUUGUUGGAGUGAAACUUUUGUACACAGCUUGUAUGUUGCCACAUUCCUGCGAUAUGCUGUAGCGCUCAAUGCCACCUGGCUGGUGAACAGUGCUGCCCAUCUCUAUGGAUACCGCCCCUAUGACAAGAACAUUGAACCACCUGAGAGUCUCCUGGCUUCACUGGGAACUAUGGGUGACUGCUUCCACAACUACCACCACUCCUUUCCCUACGAAUACUCUGCCAGUGAGUACCGCUGGUACAUCAACUUUUCCACGUUCUUCAUUGACUGCAUGGCUGCCCUUGGUCUGGCUUAUGACCGGAAGAAAGUGUCCAAGGCUGCCAUCUUGGCCAGGGUUAAAAGAACUGGAGAUGGAAGCUACAAGAGUGGCUGAAUUUGGGGCUGACCAGGAUCCUGUUCCAAAAGCCAGCUGAAUAGAAGUUUAAUUUCUGUCAAUUCACUACUUCUUAAUGCUACCAGGAUGCUAAAUGAUGACCUUAACCCAUCCCAGAAUGGUAUUCUUGUAAAAUGCAUAACUAUUGAAAGGCAACAACUCUCCUUUACUCUGUUAAGCAGAUAUUCUUUUCUUCCCUCUCUUUUCAUCCUAUUGGCUUUUUCAUUGCUUUGUUCCUAUCACCUUUCUCUUCUCCCUCAUUGCUUCCAGGCAAGGUGCUGGUCAGCUGUACCAUGUGUCUUGCUUUCAAAUCCUAUCACCUUUUCUAGAGUCUAAAAGUAAAGGUAUUUACUCCAGAAAACUCUCUUUUCUUGAGCUGUCAUGAGCUUAAAGAUAGGUGGCUAAAACUAGAGAUGCAACAAAAGUUCUGGGAUGUUACUAAGUAUCAUCACCACAUUUGCUCCAUGGAUGAAAAAAUAACUUUAUUUGGCACAGAUCUUACAAAGCAGAUAAACUAUCAAGAGAAAGUUAGCAUGCAGGGUAUGACUCAUAAGUAAGGAAAAUGAUGAAUUGGAAAUGAAGAGCAAGGAAAGUUUCUGUGAUCAGACCCAUUUGCUUACCAUCCAGAGACAUGGAGUCGUUCUCUGUCUGACAGUGAAAAGGAAUUGCCUUGGAGCUUGGCAAUGCCAGAACCCAACACUGAAUCUUAGUGUCUCAAUGUAAUUUAGCCUGAAAAUACAGAAGAAGCACUUAUUUAGUAGGAAAAGGGGUCUUUGCUGGAGAACAAUUUUAUUUUUCUUAAGAUUUCUUGUUUCAUAAUACAAGAAAUCUUCAGAUUGGCUAUGUCCAGACUUGACAUAUAAAAUCACUCAUAGAGUUUUGGGCAUUCCAUGAGCUGCUCCUCCAACUUCUUUCACUAUUCUCUGCUGCCAUAUUUGUGAUAUUAAUUGCACCUCUCAAAAUA